UGCCUCAAUUGCCUGUAGUAGUACCUAAACUAAAAGUACCUUUAUAUUGUGUUCCGGUCUUUACAACAGUGCUCAUUCCAGUAUGGUUAUCGUUCAGUGCGUAAUAUUGUUGUCAUCGUGUUUAAUGCCAUGAUUAAGGAGGGCUGGAAAGUUAUAAUUGUUCGGAGACGAAUAGUCGAUAGCGACGUUACUUAAUACUUAUUUUAUAACCGUUAUUUGUGCUAUAUACAUGUACAAGUACUUGUAUGUACGUUGAGAAAUAUCUGAUAGAUCUUUUCGCGUCUUUUUCUCCGUGUGUUAAGUUAAUGUUGUAGUUGGGUGGGAAGACACCACACAAAGGCACACAAACACACACUUAUUUCCCGAUAGACGCAGCGCAAAUCGCUGAAAAAGUGCACGAGAUCGAAAACUGGGGAAAUGGAGAUAGAUGAAUGCUCGGCCGGUGGUGAUAGUGGAGCCGAGGAAGAUGAAGAAGAAGCUUCAACGCAUGAUUCUAGAACUGAUAGUAGUAGUAGUAGUAGUAUGAGUGGCAGUAGUACAACGACAGACAGUGAGCAAGAUAGUGCGGAAGAUCAUGCCACAAGCAGCAGCGAAAGCCAUAGUUCUGCGGAGGAGGACGAAGAUGAAAAUGAAAAUGCGGAAUAUAUGGUAAACAUCGAGAACCCCGAUGCUUUGAGAUGGGAAACCUGCGUCGCUGCCAAUAUUAAAGUAAAAUUACCCCAGGAUCUUUGUGAACACUUUAGUAUCUUUAAAGAGAUGCUAGAUUACCCACGUUUCUGGAACGAAUGGCUUACCGAAAGUCAACGAGAAACGUUAUACAAUCUUUUGCCUACUUUUCCAAAAGACUCCAAUAUAGAGGCACAAAUGGAGAAAUCGUUACAAAUGUUGUUUAAUAGAGAAAACAACAGAUUUGGUGUAAUGCCUUUGGACACGUUUCAUAAUCAUCUUUCCUCCGGUCACUAUCGUCCUGAUAUCAAAAGAAUACGCGGUUUGGUUCGCAAAGCGCAGAAAAGAAGAUUGUUGUUCGAGGAGCGGAAACGAUCAUACGAAUUGGCGAAUCAGCUACUAAAAUCACGGGAAAGUUUAUUAUCAAAUGCGUAUAGGCAAGGUUUCAAUCAACCAGUAAACCGAUCGAUGUCUAAACUUCAUUGGCGCAAAUCAAAACCAAUAAUGGUUGAAGAAAAGACUCAGUUGCGUUAUUUGGAGGAGCUAAACGCAGUUCUGGCGGAACUCAGGACCAGCACGAGACUGUCCGCCGAUACGACGUCCGAAAACGAAGAGAAUUAUCCUUAUUAUCAAACGACUGGCGCUAAGCAGAAGAAAAAACGGCGUUUUACCAUGAGUCUUCAAGGAUUGUCGGUUAAAGGCCUACAACUCAAUCAUGAGGACGAUACAAUUAGACCUGUAUUUUCUACCUUGCAGCGAAUGGAGUACGCUUCUAAUAGAUCGUUGUUUGUACGCGAACAAACGGAGGAGACCUAUCGUGCUAUGUUGAUCGCGCAUAAAAAACGACGUGCCCGUCGUGAUCUUCAUCCGGAGCUGAACACUCAAGGAAUUGCGCUCGCCGAUCUCACACAAAGAUCGCAAAUUGGUCAAAAACAGAAACUUACAAUUAGCAACUCUAUGAAGAUCACGUCUUCUAAAAAGAAAAUCAAAUUGGAACAAAACUCGUUGUGUCCGCCCGCGCCGAAACUGGCAAACUCCAAUUUCGUGAAACAUGAAAGUGACAACAGCGAUUACUCCCAUACGACGGACGACAACAGACAAUCUAAUGUCGUGGAUGUAGAUUAUAAUAGAAUAACAACGCCUAUCAAGUCGGAACCCGUUGAGACAUACGAAGCACAUCAAGUAGCUAAAAAGAAAAUCAGCCCAGUAACUCAAAAGAGUAGCAAACCAGCAGUGGCCAAUAUACCAGAGAUAAAAAAGGAAGUCGAAGACACGGAAUAUGACAAAGUUAAGACCGAAUUAAGUUUGAGCGUGAACGAGGAUGUGCUGGCUGAAACCGAGGAAGAAGAGGAAAAUGAAUCUAAGAAAGAGCUUGAUUUAGACAGUAUUGACAUGAUGCAAUUACCGAUCCAACUUGACGAUGGGAUUGAUAUACUCGACGAUGUUAAGUGCGAAGAUGAGAGAGUUAUAUCGAUACCUGAGACGAAAAUGACUAUGCCAACCAAUGAAGGUAUAGAUGUUAACAACGGGGCGGAAUUAAUGCAAGAGACCCACACAUGCUUCUUCUCUCUACUACGGGACGCUUUUACUUCGAAGGGAGAGUACCGAAUGAGCGCAGCAGAAAUGAAGGAAGCAAUAAUGCAAUGGCAAGGCAAUCCUAUUUCGCCUUUGAACGACUGGUAUUCUCUGGUACCUUCGUGGCCUACUUUAGUACCGUUAGCUCUGGGAUUUCUCGCAGGCGAAUUGAUGUAUUCUCAAGAUUUGGAUCAGCGACAGGAACGAGAUCAGGAACUUGUGCCCUAUUUGGAAAAUAAGGGUCGAGGUGUAUAUGCGUGGAUCGGCGCUGGAAGAGACUCCGAUACCCGAUUGCAGGACUUGUGUACAAAAUUUCUCAUGUACAAAGACGUAUUGACGUCACCGUACACUCCGACAACUAGUGCUGUAACAGCUACAAAAUCGCAGCAGUCUCAAAUCUCCUCGAGUAAUAACAGCACGACUAAUAAUUCGAUCGUUACAAGCGGAAUUUUGCAAAGUGGCAGAAGCGGAAGUCCAGCACUAGAAUCUACUAAUGUGGACGCUAGUGCCACUGGAACAGACUGGGAACCACCUCGACCGCUAUUUCCCACAGAAUGGAAGGUCCGUCCGUCUACAGUAGAAGAACGCGAAGAAUUUCGAAGACAAGAGCGUAUGCGUUACGCUGCGCCUCAUAAAGCGUUUACUUAUCGCAUGCAUGGUUACGCGUCCGUAGUCGGCCCCGUCAAAGGAAUUUAUCAGCAUAAUGUUGCUUCAGGACAAGCCAAAGCCCGAGGACAUUCGUUGUUGGUACCGGAUCGUCCGAACUUCGUAACAAUUUUAGCGUUAGUUAGAGAUGCUACUGCCCGACUUCCUAAUGGUGAAGGAACUCGUGCUGAUAUUUGUCAGUUAUUGAAAGAUUCGCAGUACAUCAUAGAGCAAGACAAUGACGAGAAGGAAGGAUAUCUCCAUUCUGUAGUAUCAGGAGCGUUGGAUAGAUUACAUUACGAGACAGAUCCCUGUGUUAGAUAUUAUCCUCGUCGAAAGGAGUGGCUUUAUCUUCAUCGAGGACGAUCUGAAUCUGAAUUUGAAAUGGUUCACCAACAAUUACAAGGUAUUGCGAAAAAUAAGAAAAGCGUUGGCAAUACGUCGCGAAAUAAAGUGGUGCAACCAAUUCUCAAAUCAGCUAAUGUAAAUAAAGAACAAUCUUCGAAUACCAAAGAAGUUAUUCUCAAGAAAGAAAGGCGAAUGACAACUAUACCUAUGCAACCUGUUAUUCCUAAGAAAGAGCAGCGUAAAAUUGAAGAAAAAAUUGUCACUGACCAUUCUAUCCCCACUGAACAUUCCGUUAAUGCUAAUGUAGAAAUGGGAGUUAACACAAUAACAUCAGCAAUUUCUACCGUUGAAACUCCCGUUUCUGUUGCAUCGAUCGUGACUUCUUCGGCUACGAUUACAAAUGUAGUGAGCACAGAACGAGAUAACAUUGCAAUAGAUACGAAAUCGUCACUCGCUCCAAUAAUGGUGAAAAAGGCAUCUACUGUAGGAGGAAAACCAAUCGCUGUACUCAAGACAAACGCUGCUCAAAGUCUAUUGCAAUCAAAUCAACACAAUUUUCCACAUCACCAAAUUCAAGUAUCGACGUCUGCUGGCCUGCAGACCAUUCGUCUGUCUGGACAUUCUGUAUUGCAAUCUGCACAACAAUCUGUUUCAACUAGUAAUAAUUCAAACGUGGUAAACGGAGCUACAACAAAUUUAACGACGAUAUUACCGUCUACAAAAGCGCAAAAUCAGCCACCGCAGCAGUCAGCUGUAGUAACAAAUCAAGCAGGGAAAAGUAUUUUACAAACUACUAAUAUGAAACAACAACAAUCGCAGCAGCAACAACAGCAACAUGUGUUACCAGGCAAAACUCUCUUGGCAUCACAGAUUAAAUUAGUUAGCUCGAGUCAAAUUAAAUCGUUGCUCACAAGCCACGGUCUUCAGGGUCAAACUAUAUUUAUCAAACAAUCCUCACCGUCGAAUAAUCAAUCGCAACAGCAACAAUUACAACAGCAACAACAACAACAACAGCAACAACAACAGCAACUGAAGCAGCAACAACUCCAACAACAACGAGUUACGGCUAAUCAACAACAGCCUAUACAACAAACUCCGGGAAUGCAACGCAUAAUUGCACAAAUCGGAGGAAAACCGAUUGCCGUGCAGAUACAACAAUCGCCUCAUCAUCAACAGCAGCAACAGCAACAAAAGAUACUUGCGAAAGUUUUAACGAACAGCAGCGGGGGACAGAUUAUUUCUGUCGAAAGUUUGCUAGCGCAGAAAGGAUUGAAAUUGGCUACUGCUACUGGCCAUGCUAAUCAGCUUAAUAGGCAAGGCAAGCAGAUCAUACAGGCUCAAUACCAAGUAGUGCCGCAAGCGCAAGCAUCUUCUAGUCAAUCAAAGAUAAUAGCAGUCAGCACGCAACACCAGCAAUCUCAGCCGCAACAGGCUCAGACUGUCCGGAUGGUUACCGCUCAGCUCGCGGGAAAACCUAUUGUGUUAGCGAGCAGUAACAAAAACGUUGGAGUUGCAGUGAGCACCAGUGGCGGAAACGUAGUAUUAGGCAAGCAGCCAGCCUCUCAGCAGCAGCAGCAGCAGCAACAAACGCAGCAACCGAUUAUCUUGCCGAGUCAGCUACUCAACAUCAAAACAUUACACGGGCUUAAAGUAAUUCCCACGCCAACCGGAUUAAAAACCGCAAGUGGUGCCGUGUACGCUCGAGUUAUUGCUCCUACAACGAUGGCUUCCACGCAGGCUACAUCGAAUCAACAGCAGACUCUUCAAACGCAAUCACCGAGAAAUACCUCGUACGGCACACCUUGACAGAAUUGAUAUUGUUUACAUAUGUUUAUAUUUAAUUUACUUAGCACCAUUUCUUUGACUCUCUGUUUAUAUGUUACGCAUAUUAUUAACU